AUGAGUACGAUUUCAGCAUAUUAUAAAAUCGAAUCAGUAUUAAUUGUUGUUGGUAUAACAGUAUUUGUUUGUUUGGGUGUUACAUUAUUUUCAUUUCAAACAAAAUCUGAUUUUACAUCAUGUAUGGGAGUUCUAUUGUUCUUGGCUGUUGAUACACAAUUAAUUAUGGGUGGAAAACGACAUGAAAUAAGUGCUGAAGAUUAUGUUUUUGCAUCACUUGUGCUUUAUAUUGAUAUUAUUUAUAUAUUUUUAUGUUGUUCGGUAAUCGAAAAUAAAAUUAUCUUUUAACAAUGGUAUGAAAACAUUUUUCAUACCAGUUAUCUUUAUGAUUGUGCUUAUUUUUCUUUCACUUCUUCCCUGUCUAUAUCUUCUUUGAUUUUCGUCUUCAUUUUUCUAUUGAAAGUUCAGUUUUCGCCUUUAUAAAGUUUCAUAUGUAUACUUAAUCGUGUUUGUCAAGAAAAAUAAAUUUGUAUUUCUUCGCCUUUGUCAUGUUCUUAUUAGUUAGAAAAUACGCAAUAUUUUGUUUAUUAAUAUUCAAUACAUUAAAUAUUGUGAUAAAGAGACACAUCGAAUGUAGUUUUAGGGACUUCUCUAAUACAUUUCUGUUUCUCUCUUCUCAUUAUUCACCUGCUUGGUUUUCUUUUUCUGAUUUUUUAAUGUUUAGAUUUUAACUUUUAUUUUCUUCAUAUGAAAUACACAAUAACAAAACAGAGCAUGUAUCUUUAUACAUAUAACCUAUGAAAGCUGCUAGAGAUCAGAGAAGACAAAAAAAAAGAAAUGUAUUGCACAAUAUAAUCUGGUAUUUCUAACACAGAUCAUAACAUUGAUAAACUUAGCUAAGUUAGUUAAAGUCAUCCAAAAAUGAUUUUCAUAUCGCAAGCAGUUUAACCAAAUCGCUGAAAUUUAUUUUUAUCGCAAGUGUAACAAAGAAAGGAUCGUUAAGAAAUGAAAUUAGUGUCCUCUAAAAAUCCUCGAGUUUUCUCUGUUAAACAAUCACAUUAGAUUUUAGAUUUUUCUUACUAUUAAAAUUAGACUGACAGGAUGUGUUUAGACAUGUUGCAUUCCUCUUUAUAUUUUCUGGUUAUAUACUUUUGUAAGCCAUAUUAUAGUCAAUUGGCAUUCAUCAAGAUUGGUUGCCUAUUACAGACUGCAUUAUUAAAUCGUGCUAAAGGAUUGAAGAAAAAAUUAUUGAUAGCUAUGGCCUAGUACGACUAUAUUGGUAUGUAGUUUGCUGGAUAUGAUUAUUUUGUGACAAGGUCUGUACUAAGAGUAUAUUUAACUACGCACAAUGAACAUAUGUCACUACGUCACUUUAUGUGUCGUUCGAUUGUUUUUUACUAGAGCUACUGAAUCAUGCAAAAAGGUGAAAAAACACGUUAGUCGCUGUAAUGAUAUUGUUAUGCCCUUUGUAGAAUAUGAUCAUUAUUGUAGUGGUAGAUUUUUAUGAUUAUGGUGAAUCACAAUAUACCAAUACCUCACUUUAUAUACCGAACAAUAACGAUAGGUUCUUAUUAUGGUUACUUAUGCAAAAAAGAUUGAAGAAUAAUUAUUGACAGGUGUACGAUUGAUUUCGAGAAUAAUAUUCCAAGAACGUAUACGAAGAAUUACUGUAUUUCAUAAGAUAUUCAAAAAGUCAUAACCACAUUUAAGACGUGUAAAACUCGACUACCGAUCACGUUUAAUCUGAGAAAAAGAGCGAUAAGGUUCUGUUAGAGACAAAGUUUAUAAAUAACCUAUAUCAUUAUUGGGAAUUUUAAACUAUUCAAAUUUUUUAGUAUUGCUUUUAACGAUAAGUUUCAUGUUUUUUCUAAAGAUCAAUGAACUAGUGCACUUAUCUAAAGCAGAUUACUUUUGAAAUGACAAGAACUCUGAUAAUUAAUAAAAUGAGGUAAGCGAAUGGUUUCGUUACUCUUGCUGAUGAGAGCUUUUGGUAUCCUUACAUUCUAAACAUAUUGACUGAAUGCUAAUACAGCAAUAUUGAAAGUUGUUAAUGAUUUCAAGUUAACAAUACUAAUAUAAAUUGAAAUCAAUAUAAAUAAAACGUUUAAUAUCGUUUUCUGACACUGACAAAAUACGCGAUUUGUUUAUAUUGCAAUCGGCAGUUAUGAUCUUUCAAGUGUAUUUUAGAAUUUCCUAUGUAAGAAUAAAAACUCACAUCUAUUUUUCUUCCAAAUGACAAGAUGUAUUGGGAUAAGUUUGAUCAAUAUUGAGUUUACAGGUAUUGAAUCCCUUGAGGAUGUGAAGUCUGCAUAUAUGCAAUAGUUUUGAAUCAGACGAUACUUGACUUGCAUGUAUCUAUUAUGGUCUACGCGCGAGCACAGGCGAUGAAUAGGUCACCUUCAGUGAGGCGUAAUACUACUAUAUAUCGGGCCUCUAUUCAUAUUUUUGUCUAGUAAAUAUAUUAUUUCAGCCUUUUGCAAUAUUAUCUACUACAACGAUCUAAUCUUCAAGAAGUUCACGAGUCCCGCUUUUGCCCAUUACCGAAACAAAUUAUUUUGUUGUGUUCGUAUUUCAGGGUGUGGGUGGCUGUGGGUGGGUGUGGGGUGUGGGGUGUGGG